AUGGCUUCCUACCUCGACGAGGUGGAGAAGAAGCUGACCACGCCAUACUGUUUGGAGUCUGGAUUUCUCUUUCCAGGUGCGGGGAGGGGCUUGGAGGCCCUGGAAGAAGGGAAGCCCUUGGUGGUUCUGGUAAAUGAAAAGGUGCUGGCCAAUCACCAGUUAGGGUUGGCCAGACGGCUGCACAAAGAAGGCUAUCUUUGCUAUUGUACAUGCAGUGAGCAGCAGACCUUGCCUAGUCUGUUAAAAUCAGUGGACUUAUCAUCACUGAAACUCUUUCCUCCUGGCAAGCCAGAGAUAUUCUCUGAAUUUUGGGAUAAAGUUGUGGGAUUUAAACAGUGA